AUGGUGCAGGUAAAACUCCUAGCGCAGCAAACAGUUGGCAUUCAUCUGGUUCCUUCCAGGCACGGCUCCAUCAAGGCUGAUGAGGCUGCCCCAGCUCCCUUCCACGUCGACCUCUGGUUCUACUUCACCCUGCAGAACUGGGUUCUGGACUUUGGCCGCCCCAUUGCCAUGCUGGUGUUCCCUCUGGAAUGGUUUCCGCUCAACAAGCCCAGUAUGGGGGACUACUUCCACAUGGCCUACAACAUCAUCACACCUUUUCUUCUGCUCAAGCUCAUCGAGCGGUCCCCACGGACCCUGCCACGCUCCAUGAUCUACGUCAGCAUCAUCACCUUCAUCAUGGGUGCCAGCAUCCACCUGGUGGGUGACUCUGUGAACCACCGUCUGCUCUUCAGUGGCUACCAGCACCACCUGUCUGUACGUGAGAACCCCAUCAUCAAGAACCUCAAACCAGAGACUCUGAUCGACUCCUUUGAGCUGCUCUACUAUUAUGACGAGUACUUGGGCCACUCCAUGUGGUAUAUCCCCUUCUUCCUCAUCCUCUUCAUGUACUUCAGCGGCUGCUUCACACCCACCAAAGCUGAGAGCUCGAUGCCAGCGGCAGCCCUGCUCCUAGUGGUGCCCAGUGGCCUGUACUACUGGUACCUGGUCACCGAGGGCCAGAUCUUCAUCCUCUUCACCUUCACCUUCUUCGCCAUGCUGGCCCUCGUCCUGCGCCAGAAGCGCAAGCGCCUCUUCCUGGACAGCAACGGCCUCUUCCUCUUCCACUCCUUCGCCCUCACCCUCCUGCUUGUGGCGCUCUGGGUCGCCUGGCUGUGGAACGACCCCGUACUCAGGAAGAAGUAUCCGGGCGUCAUCUACGUCCCUGAGCCCUGGGCCUUCUACACCCUCCAUGUCAGCAGCCGGCACUGAGUCCCUGGCACCAGCCGCUGGCACUCUGCUGGGCGGGCCAUGGGCCGGGGAGGGCGUCUGAGCAGGUGUGUGUGUCCGCGAGUGUGCGUGAGUGUGUGAGCUACAGACAGAACGUGGGCAGGGCGAGUGCUGUGCACGUGGGUAGGCGUGUGUGCGUGCGUGUGCACGUGUGCACCACUGUGUGUGCCGAGUGUGUCGUAAGACUCCACUGUUUUGGCCAAGUUUCUGUGGGGUUCAGGUCUUUCGAGGUUAGUGUUAGGAAGAGCGUCCAGGCCAAGACCUGGGCCCCUUUCCUCCUUGUGCCCAACUGGACUUGGGGCCACUGACCUCGCUCCUCAGGGCUGUCUCCUGGUGGCUA